CUCGGAUAGCAAGCAAGCUCAGGUUCGUUAGCAUAACCGUUAUCAUGGCUAGAUCAGUCUGCAUUCUCUGGAUCGUUUUCGGUCUAUCUAUCGGAUUGUGCCGAGCCGACUUUGGCAUUCCCGUAACUGUUCCCAACCUGCGAGAGAGCGUGACGCACGCAAUCGGAACAGGACUGACGAGAUUGUUGGCAGCCAACUCAACCAUCACGCUGAACACUGAUUCGGACGUAACUGGAAACCUGGAAGCGGUUGUAGCCAUCACAAACAGCAUCAAUGCAAGUGUGACCAAAAUUUACAGCGUAACUCAGGAUGCAGUUUCCAACACAAAUGCGAAUUCAGUAGUACUGUUUUCUGGACUAUUUGGCAAUAUCACUGCGGCAACUUUGGAUCUCGUGACUGCCGCAACUUGGACACGAGCUUUCCACUCGACCGUGAGCUCUACAACUUACAACGAGAUACUUGGCAACGUAACAACCCUCCAGGAGGAGGCUUGUGGAUUGAUUCUGGUUUUCUCCGAGUUUGCCAUCGCCAUCGAUAAUGUUCAGCUGUCACCAGUGCCAAUCACAAGCAAAAAUGUGUUGGACAUUGUAAAGCCUGAUAUCAUUUCGGUUUUGGUGGGUUCUCUGGAAAGCAUAACCGUUGCUGUAGAUAACCUGGCAAAUUUAUUCAUUCCCAUUAUUAGAGAAAAAUCUGCAAUCGCUAAUCAGGUUAGAAGUUUUGAUUCAUCAUCUAACCUUGCGUUCCAAGGCCUGACGCGACAAGCUUCCAUGUACAGUUCAAGUAUAUCUAAAGCUUUGGAAGAUACAACUGGUAACGUGCAAUCAUGGGCAUCGAGCAUCGCUUCAGCGGUUGCACCAAUAAACAACCUUUUCGCAACCAGUUACACAUUUACCCCAGGAAGCGAUACAUUGCGGGACAUCUCAGGCGUUUUUCUUGGUUUGCAGAAAAAUGUUAUGCAAAAUUUAGUUAAUCAGACGCGGAUAUCUGCUGGAGCCCUCUACAAUCUCUCCCGGGAUAUAAUCUACGCUACCUUUACCAAUAGUAGCGAGUUCGUGGGAUCAUGCUCGUGGAAGUAUUCCUCCCAGCUGAUCCAAGCGCCGGUUCAGGUGAAUCGACUGUCGGAGUGUCUGUCCGCAGAGACAUCAACGAUACUCAAUUUAAGUCCAAUGAUAUCUCCCCUACUGGAACAGCAACUGAAGGAUCUCACAUCGGUUAAUUCGCAACACCUAUCGACCUGCACUAGUUUCAAUGGACCUUGCUCCGCUGUGUAUGCCGAAGCAUUUGAGAAAUUGAAUUCUCAAACGCCUAUGUUGUUGGAAGUGGCCCAACGUAUUUUGCGGAAGGAAGCAGACAUCCUGCAGGCACGGUUCCGAACGUGUACCGAAGCGACCACUGCAGAUAUUUUAGACAACGUCAACAUAAUGCUAGAAGGAUUUGAAAAAUGCUUGACAGUAGGAGUGUAAAUGUGUGGUUGGAAUAUUUAAUUCGGACAAGGGAGCAGCAAAUAAGCAAUGGACAUAACAUGUUGAACUGCAAUAAGUGAAGAAGAGUAUACAACUUUUAAGCUGAUUUUAAUGCCUUACUUUUACCUGGACAUAUCCCAUCUAAAUUGGAAUAAAAAAUGUAGUAGGAUGAAUGACUAUUCAUAUUGACUAGUGUUAUA